AAAAAAUCACCGUUUGCAGUAUAACAAACAUAGUAUAUGCAAAAGUGCAUAAAAUCAUUUAAACUAAAAUUAAGCAUAAAUUGGAUUAUCUGCCUCUUAUCAAUUUUCAAAAGUUUAAAAUAGGAUCUUGUAUAUAAGAUUACACACACAUUUAUGUUAAUUGUAGUAUCAAUUAGUUAGAUAUUAAAUAGCUCACUUAAUACAAUCUACAAGUAUUUCACACAAAUGUUAAACUAUCUACAAGGAUAUAUACAUGUCCUAAAAUCAAUGAUUCUUCUUACGCUACGUAAACAAGCCUUAGCAACCCUUUCGUUCAGUGAAUCAGAACUCAUUUCAUUUCUAAUAUUGUACAUGCUUGCAUUUCAACAAAAUAUGUUUUAAUCCGUGAACUAACGUAGUAAUAAUUGUAAGAUAACGUAAAAUAAUAAUAUGAUGCAGAUGAUACAGAGACACAUAAAAUAGAACGUUUGAAACACAAAACUGUGCUAUAAAUUUCAUGGAAUCCAAGAUACUAUAUUCUUGUUAUAAAUGUAUAAAACAUAGGUGACGCAGCACUGGACGUCAGACGUGUCAGUUUUUUGGCGUUGUUGCAAGUGGCAAGAUGCAAUUUUAAUUGACCUCAAUUUUCAAUCUCAGAGCUGUGUGUGUCGCAUUAAGGGAUAAAAAAAUGGAUGAGACAACAAUCGACUCGAUCUUUUCGGGAUCCUUGAAGUCUUUACCACCGGUUAGUUCCAAAAUAGUGCGGAUAUUUACAAGUUCAACAUUUACCGAUACAACAAUGGAGAGAAAUACUUUGAUGGCUCAAUGUUAUCCCAAACUCAAGGAUUACUGCAGAGAAAAGCACGGUUUAGAGUUUCAGGUCGUAGACAUGAGAUGGGGUGUACGCGAUGAAGCCACUGACGAUCACAUGACUACAGAGUUAUGCAUGAGAGAAAUAGAAAAUUGUCAGAGACUGUCCAUGGGACCCAAUUUCGUUGUAUUCCUUGGACAGAAAUAUGGGUAUCGCCCUAUACCGACUUAUGUCCUCAGUUCGGAAUUGGAGAUGUUAAGGACGGAACUGGAGAGUCUAGGGAUGGACGUUAGCGUUCUGGAUAAGUGGUAUAAGAAGGACAGCAACGCUGUACCGCCUACAAGCAUAUUGCAACCGAUCUCGUCUAUCCUCAAAAAUUUUAACAAUAAAAGAAUACCCAAGCUGCAGCAAGAGGAUCAGGCAAUCUGGUGGGAUACCAUGUGCAAAAUGCAAAAGUUCUUUAGAAAAGGCGCGCAAUCCUUGUUCAAUUCUGGAAAGUUUGACAAAGAUACGAUGCAUAACUAUUUCAUGUCUGUGACCGAGCGAGAAGUGAUUAAUGGCAUAUUGAAUGUUAAAAACACGAAAAACCAUUGUCUGGCAUAUGUGCGAUAUAUAAACAACAUCAAUUUACAAAAUCUGAGGAAAGCCAGUUUGUAUAUAGAUAUAGCCAACAGAAGCUUGGACAAUGAAGCUUCAAAGUUGUUGGCCGAUCUCAGAGAUGAGAGAGUAACGAAUAAGAUCGAGAGCUCAAAUUUUCAGAGGUACACGGUGGAAUGGAUUGGCAGAGAAGGCUUGGAUCCUGAAACUCAUAGCGAGUAUCUCCAGCACUUUAUAACUCAUUUUUACAAAAACAUGAUAAAGCUCGUAGAUCGUGCAAUGAGAAAAGAAGACAGUUCUGCGCAGGGACAGAUAAUAACUGAGAUCUUACAACAUUUACAUGCUUGUAAUAAUUCUGUGAAGGUAUUUUACGGACGCGAGGAUACCUUGGAAAGAAUAAAAAAUUACAUGCUAGGUGACAGCGACAAGCCAUUAGUGUUGUACGGAGAGGGUGGAUGCGGUAAAACCUCCCUCUUAGCGAAAAGCGCGGGUUUAACGAGUAGCAGUUGGCUUGUAGGUAAAAAGCCGAUCAGUAUAAUCCGAUUUCUCGGCACUACUCCCGAUAGCAGUGCGCUCACACCCACAUUGAUCUCGAUCUGUCAGCAAAUCUCAUACAAUUUUGGAUUGUCAUUUGAAGACAUCCCCGACGACCUAGUACCACUCACAGCCCACUUCAAAUAUCUCUUGACUCUAGCUAAGAUCCAACAGCCCAUCCUACUGUUUCUGGAUAGCGUUGAUCAGUUGACGGGUGUACAGGGUAACAAAUUGUCGUGGUUGCCUACGAGAUUGCCACCAAAUUGCAAGAUGAUUUUAUCAUGCGCGGCUGAAGAAUCGAACCCGGUGAUCUCGAGAGAUUAUCAGCUGCUGCGCAGGAUGAUAGAUACCGAAGAAAGUUUCAUCGAAGUGACUGCUUUGGGUGAAGAUCUGGCUAUGGACGUGAUCAGGAUGUGGAUGAAAACAGCCAGAAGGGAUUUAAACAACUAUCAAUGGCGUCUGGUGGCGAAUGCUAUAUCAAAAUGUUCCCUACCAAUCUUCGUCAAACUCGUGUUCGCGGAGAUUUGCAGGUGGCGUAGUUACACCAAACCAGCGGAUACGCAUCUGGCCAGCACGGUAAUGGACAGCAUAAUGAUGCUGUUUGAAAGGAUCGAGAAACAACACGGCAAGAUCUUGGUCUUCCACGCUUUGGCCUACAUCACGGCUGCCAAGUCUGGCCUAUCAGAAUCAGAACUUGAGGAUCUGAUCUCCUUGGACGACAAAGUCCUGGAUGAUGUCUAUCAGUAUCAUUUGCCGCCAGUAAGACGUAUCCCACCUCUACUCUGGACUAGAAUAAGGAACGACCUGCCGAACUACUUGAGUGAGAGAGAGGCGGACGGCGUGAGCGUUCUAAACUGGUACCACAGGCAGUUUAGAGACACUGCUAAAGAAAGAUAUUUCAAGAACAUGAAUAUGGCUAUGUAUUUUCACUCCAUGAUUGCGGACUAUUAUCUUGGAAUCUGGGGCGGUGGUAAACCGAAACCUUUUAAGUACACCGAGAUACAGAGACAUCGAUUUAAUUUAACAGACAAAGAAGGUGUAGCGGACAGGAAAGUACCAGAGCAACCCCUUGCGUUUUAUUCCAAAGAGGGAACUAUUUCGCGAUACAAUCUGCGAAAGUUUGGCGAGUUACCAUUUCAUCUGGUGAGAGCACGACGUUUCAAGGAUCUUUUCGCAAAUGUGCUAUUUAAUUAUGAAUGGCUGCAUGCUAAGUUAAGCUCUUGUCCCUUACAAGCUGUGCUUUCCGAUUUUGAAGACGCCUGUAACUUCAUCGACGACCAAAGUUUAGUGAGAGAGCUUAUGUUAGUCGCUGAUGCUCUAAGACUAGGUGGUGCAAUUUUGGGAAAUCAUCCAGACAUGCUCGCGCCGCAAUUGAUUGGUCGGCUGUUGCCAGAAAUUGGUGCAAAUGUUAAUGUAAGAAUGCUACUGCGGGCAUGUGAUCACGAUGGUGUUAAGAAUUGCGCUCUACUUCCUCUCUAUCACUGCUUGCAUACGCCUGGUGGACCAUUAAAAUAUUCGUUGGAAGGCCAUCAGUUUGCAGUAUUUGGAUUCUGUCUGACAUCAGAUUACCGCUACAUAGUAUCGAUAUCUAAUAAGUUCAUCACUUGGGAUUUGAGUACCAGUGACAUGACGAGGGAUGUCUACCCUGGUGUGGAGGGUAUGAUGCAACAAUUGGUCCUAAGCCCAGAUAACAGAUAUGCUGCAGCUUCCACAACUAACUCUCAGACUGUCGUUCUGAAUACUUUGACGAGCGAAUUCGUUAUCAUCGACAAUCCUUUAUCAAACGAGGAUGCAGUAUGUGGCGUGCAUUUGAUGAAUCAGUAUGCCUUUAUCUACGGCAAAUUAGGCUGGUGCAGGUUCGACCUGCGAGGAAAUUUACUGGACACUCACACCAAUCCUGAGGACUCCAACAAAUGGCCGAUUUUGUACGUAGAAUAUACGAAUCUGGAUCACUACAGAAUCGUAUUCUGGUCAGGCAGCAUCGACGACUCACGGAUGCUUUUGCAUACGUACAAGAAGAAGAUAUCGUUGGAUCCGUUUCAAUUUCACAGGUAUAUUUGUUCACAAAAAAAAAGAAGACACAUAUUGAGAACGAUCACGUUCAAGAGAAGCUUCAUAAUACAUUUUAAAAACUCAAUAAUGGAAAACUGUUUCAGCGCCAUGGUUAUGACCAAGGACAAAGGUACUUUGUACGCAUGUACGAGCAAAGAAGAUUACAAAGUUGUCAAAUACAGGAACGAUGAGAUUUCGUCCUAUUGGGAGAAGGUCCACGACAUGCCGAGGGCGUACAAUGAUGACAUAGAGUAUCUGCUACAAUUGAAGCUGGACAGAGAAGAAGAAAUGCUGUUAGCGACGACCGGAAACGGAUUUAUCGUAUGGUUCCUGGAGAGUAAAAGCGACGCACACGUACUGAUGCUACCGAACGGAGUAAGAAACAUUAGUACGCGUAUGAUGUACUCAAACUCCAUCAUGGUCAGCGGCACCAAGAAUUAUGCUGUCGCUGGUGUAAGGAAAAACCUAUAUGUAUGGUCACUCGAGACAACAGAUUUGGUGAAAGUACUGGACGCGCACUUUGCGAGGAUAAUCCAAUUGGAAGCGCUGACCAUUGGGAAUUGGAACAGCGUGGUAACAUCGAGCAUCGACAGGAGCGUCAAAGUGUGGAAUAUCAACAACAUUUUUGAACAAGUUCACGUUAUCGACAGACAUGAAUUACAAAUUGAUAUGAUAAGUUUAGCCGAGCAAGGUAACUUGGCCGUUACGGUCACCAGAGAUUGCGUGGGCCUUUGGGACUUGCAGACAGGCAAAUUAAUAUCGAAGCUCGCCGAUAGCCCAUUAGGAGCAAUCGUUACACAUGCCUGCAUUACACAAAAUAGCAAAUAUAUCGUAUCGACAGAAUCUGGUAACGUUUUGGUAUGGAAUAGAAUUACUGAACAAGUUUUGUUCAAGGAGGAACAACGGAAUGUCAAGCAACUGACGCUGAUAGAGAACUCGUCGAAGUUUAUGGCCGUUUCAAGGCCUAAUAAUCCUGCGGGAGUGGAAAACGUGCGAACUACAGCGACCUUGAUCAUGAGAAGCAUUCCUGAUGGUAGAACUAUAUUCUGUUUGGAGUACCCUGUAAGAAGCAAUACCGGUACACCCUUCCGACAAGUUGUGAUAACAUCAGAUGAUGCCUUUCUGGCGGUGCCAGCGGCCGACAAGGGUAACAGAGAUUGUGUUAUAAUUUAUAGUGCAAAAACAGGAGCACUGGUCAGCAAAAUACCUAUAAAGCUGCCUGGAUUUAAGGAUAUUAUAUGUAUCACACCUAUGCCUAACAAACCGCAGUGGAUAGGAAUCAUUGGCUCCGAUAAGGGUACAAUUCUUGAUAUCAACAAGAAAAAGUUUAUACGUACAAUUCCGAAAUGGAGUGGAAAUAUCAGCAAGGACGGCAAAUACACUUUGUACGCUCCUAGCAGGGGUGGUCUUGAACUCAUAGAGCUGAAGAAGGGUACGACCGUGAAAACAUACAUACCUAAAGUAGCCGAAGGAGUGUUCACCGUUAUAUCAAUGUUUAAUCGAACUGACGAGUACGUGCUUUACUACCACAGUGGCAGAAAAACCAUCAGAGUGUUUAGAUCUUUGGACUGUGAAAUGAUAGCAAAUUAUAGAGUGCAGGCAGAGUUGAGUGCCAUUGACAGCACGUAUGACGGCAGAAGCAUUGUUCUGGGAACAGUGGAUGGUUGUGUGUCGGUACUGGCAAUAGCCGAUCCUAAGAAACCUGAGAUGACAGAGUACCUCGCAAACGUUCCGUCUCGCGAUGAAGAGUGGAAGAAGAAAACCGAGAAGCAUCGGGCCGCGAUAAAAUUCAAGGCUGCGGCGCGGAUCGCCCGCGUAACUCACGACUUAUCUACGAGCAUCAAGUCGACGGGCAGUGUCUCGGAGACGAUCGAGGAAGCGGACGAGAAUCUGGGACGAUAAUUCAUUAUCGUGCACCUCGUAGUCUACCUAGGGUUCAAUCCACCGCAGGGGACGCGGAAACUACGGAGAAAAAGAAAAGAAGAUCUUACAUCGAUCGAUCGAUCAAGAAAAAGGGAAGGCGAACGAGCGACAAAGCAGAACUACAGAAUUUAUAUUACAUUUAUUUAUGUCCUCGUGUACUUCUUACAAUCUCUCGCCCACUUGUUCGCUUCACUGCUUCUACUUCGGUCUCUCUUUCCAUUCGAAUGGUAAAAGACGGCACGAGACGAAUUCGGUAAAAUGCCUCCGCGAGGACGAUGUUGGCCCCCGCGUCUUUGUGUGUGUGCGAGGCUUGAUCAGCCUUGCGCAAGUCGAAAUCCGGGCAGCGUUUCUCUAAAUUCACGUUCGGCCUGCGCAAGGGGAUGAUAUAUCGCGCGCGGUCGUAGACGUCCCGUGCCUCGUGCACACGUGAUAAACCUAGUCUUUUUCGACUCUCUCUCUCUCUCUCUCUUUCUUCUAUUAAUUGAUGAUUUCCGAAAGGUUCACGCUGUGCCGUCGGGAAUAAUGCGGAAUAUCGCUCGUGAACCCGAGCCUUGAAACUGAAACGGGAUCGCCGCGUCGAUCGUGGAGGUCGGUCGCGCAAUUCGCAACUUCCGACUCGCGAGAUUAGGAUAAGAGGCACGAUCGCCGACGCUGGUCACGACUACGGGCCGCGGCUGGUGGGAAAAUUUAUCUCCUACGCGAAUCUUCUACCGCGAGUACGAAGCAGAAGCGUCGCAUCGUCGCAAGAAUAAUUCUCGACGUAGAAGACUUUGUUCCGUUUCAGCUCGUUAGAUUCAACAACAGCUGCGGCUCGUAACUUAUACUCUGUAUUUUGAUGAUAGAUGAGAUGCAGUGCUAAGUCGUAAUUUAUUAUAAUCGGGGAAUCGAUCGAAAGCAACUUGAAAGCUGCUGUCGCGACGACGAAGUGCUCGCGGUGCCGGCAACCGUGCGUCUUAUCUCACAUUCGUCUCGGUGUUGUAAUGGCUGUGUGCGAAAGCUUGUACCGCUUCAUACGGGCUUAAUAUCGGUUUUUUUUGUUUUUCUCUUUUUUUUUUAAUGGACGCGCGGGCUUACGCUCGAAAAGCAGAAUCGAUCUCGAAAUUCAGGCUAAAAUACAUCUCCGCCUAUCGAUGAUAGUUAAACUGACCGUUAGAGUCAGUUGAAGAUAGUUGAAACUGAUUGAACCAACUGUAUUUUGUUUUAAAACUACAAUAUAUGUGGCUUGUUGAUGUA